GUUCUGAUCAUCCCACAUACCCCAUACACACACCACCACCAAGUACACUCAUCAUGGCCACUAAGCACUUCUUUGACAGCCCCGAUGGACUCGUAGACAAGACACUCAGGGGAGCAGUAGCCGUCAACCCCGCACUCAGGCUCUACCGCCCCCACAAGGUCAUCUACGACUGCACCCACUCCAACAGCAAAGUCGCCAUCAUCGCCGGUGGAGGAGCCGGUCACGAGCCAGGACAGGCAGGACUUGUAGGAAGGGGAAUGCUCACUGCUGCCAUCAGCGGUGACAUCUUUGCUAGCCCUUCGGCAGCUCAAAUUUGCUCUGGACUCGAUUUGGCUAACACUGACAAGGGAGUCGUCUUCAUUAUCAACAACUACACCGGUGACCAGCUCCACUUUGGUCUCGCCGCCGAGAAGGCUCGAGCUGCCCUCGCAAUCUCUGGAAACAAGACCAGCGGAGGUGUCGAGUCCGUCACCGUUGCCGAUGAUGUCGCAGUCGGACGAGCCAAGGGCGGUCUCGUUGGCCGACGUGGACUGGGCAUGAACCCCUUCUCCUGCAAGGUCCUCGGUGCUGCAUCCGAACGUGGCCUGAGCGUCAAGGAGAUCAAGAGCCUCGGAGACACUCUCAUCGCUAAUUCCGUCACCAUCGGUACCUCUCUCGACCACUGCCACGUUCCAGGUCGUCCCAAGAAGAAGGAAGAGUGGGGAGGACUGCCUGAUGAGGCUUGCGAGAUCGGUAUGGGUAUCCACAACGAGCCCGGUUUCAAGCGACUGGACCAGACUCCUGCUCCCGAAAAGCUCGUUGCUGAGAUGCUCAAGUACAUGCUCGAUGCCAAUGACGACGAUCGACACUUCAUUGACUUCGAGAAGGAUGACGCUCCCAUUGUCUUCAUCAACAAUCUCGGUGGUGUCUCCCAGCUCGAGCUCUUUGCCCUCGUCGAUGAGACUGUCGAGCAGCUGGACAAGACCUACGGACUUCACCCCGCCCGCGUCUACGCCAAUGCCUACAUGACUUCGCUCAACGCUCCAGGUUUCGGUAUCACCCUCGUCAAGCACAAGGCUGUCACCCGCGAGACCAAGGUCGACCUCUUGGAGCUCCUCGAUGCCCCCACUGAUGCUUACGCUUGGACUGGUGUCAAGUCCGGCUGGGGCAACCCAAGCGGACAGCCUCGAGACCGCGAUGCUGAGGCUAAGGAGGCUUCUGACCGAUUGGCUGCCCGGCGCGCCCAGGGAGGCAGUGUUUCUGGUUUGGACGAGGACGCCAAGGAGAAGCAAGAAGGACCGAUCAACGCUGAUCCCGAAGUUGUCAAGAAGGUCCUUCUCUCGGCUGCCGAGGCUGCGAUUGCUGCUGAGCCUUCGAUGACCCGCCAUGACACUAUCGUGGGAGACGGUGACGCCGGUGAGACUCUUGCUCAAGUGGCCAAGGCUGUCCAGGCAGCCGUCAAGAAGGGAGAGGUCGAUUUGAACAACGCCGCCGGUACCUGUUUGACCCUUGGAAACGUCAUCGAGUCGCACAUGGGUGGUACAUCAGGAGCCAUCUACGCUCUCUACUUUGCUGGUCUCGUGCAAGGUCUCGUCGGUGGACCAGGAAAGCCUGGCCAGCCUGCAGGCGAGAAGGAGUGGAGCCACGCCGCCAAGGCUGCUCUUGAGAACCUCAAGACGUACACUCCUGCCCGAGAGGGCCACCGAACGCUCAUGGACUCUCUCAUCCCAGCGUGCGAUGCUCUAGGCUCGGGCAAGUCUCUCUCGGAUGCGACCAAGGAGGCUGAGAAGGGAUGCGAGGGAACGAAGAAGCUGGUGCCUAGGCUGGGUAGGGCCACUUACCAGGGCUCGGACAACAAGGAGAUGUACCAGGUCCCCGACCCUGGAGCGGAGGGUGUAGUCGCCAUCUUCCAGGGUAUCCUCAAGGCUCUGCAGUAG